AUGUCUCAAACAACAAAUGAAAUAAUGUACUCAGAUUGGCCUUUAUAUCAAUUAUAUGAUCAAUUCAGCGGUGGAAUGUGGGAUCUUACAGACGAACAAAAGAAACGAUAUAAAAAAAUUAAAGAUGAGAAGAAGCCAAGAACCAGCAUUACUCAAGAGAUUUACGAUAGUAAUGUAUUAGUUGCCCGUGUUGUAAGUGGCAAAACAAAAAGUCUUGAAGAACAAAUAAAAGACUUGAAAAAUCAGAACGAAACUCUGCAGACAGAAAAGGAGGAACUUGUGAAGAAAAGUGAAGAGAUGCAAAACAACAUCAACCAAAUGAACAAAUACAUGGACAUAUUCGUGGCUUUAGACGACCUGGAAAAAGGUUACCAAAAUGAUAUCACACAACUAAUACAACACUACGAAAAGAAACUAACUGAAGAAAAAGAACAUAACAUUAAAAUUAUUGCUGAGCUAACAGAACACCAUGCAAAAGAUUUGGCUGAAGAAAAGGAACAUCGCGCAAAAGAAAUCCGAUCCCGUUGUGACAAGAAUGAAAAGAAGAUCAAAAUGUUUCGAGAGAUGAUCCAUCGACUCAAAGUAGCUCAUCCCGACAUUGAAGAGUUAAAAUUAAUGACAUUAUAA